AUGAGUCAUGCUCUAACAUCCGAGGAACUCAUCGAGUUUCGAGAGAUCUUCAACCUUGUGGAUCGAGACCGUGGCGGUUCGAUCACGAAACUUGAGCUGGGAGAGUUGAUGGACACGUUGGGAAUCGACACGUCUCCGGAAGAGCUGGACCUCAUGAUCAAUGAAAUUGAUCAAGAUAGCAACGGUGAAAUCGACUUCGAUGAAUUUGUGGCAGUCAUGUCGAGGAAGGUCAACGCAACGUACACGGCUGAACAAGUAAAAAAUGCGUUCAAGGCGUUUGAAGGCAACGCAUCUGCUCCAGGAUUCAUCAAAGCCGACAAACUGUUGAUUGCUCUUACAACUUACGGAGCUGAUCGUAUCUCUCCUGAUCAAGCACAAGAGCUCAUCAGUCAGCUCGAGCCCGAUCAACACGGCAACAUCAACUACGUUGAGUAUGUGAACAUGAUGAUGUCAGAAUAAAGCCACAACUGCCGGUAGCCUUGAUAUCACACCUCGGAUGUGUUGUGUUAUGCGCUGGAGCCAUUCUGAUGCUCG